AUGUCCACUAGUCAGCUGAUAAGGAUGGACAUCAACGUAGUCCUGGGGACUUUGGGAUGUGUUCAUGUGGUUAUGUCUAAAGGCAUAUCGAUAACAGCCCCAGCGUUCCAGCAAGGAACAAUAGUCGUUCGUCUAAAUGGCACCGAGAUAACAGAAACGUCCGUUUUAUGCGCAAGUAGAAUUCACCCGGAUGUAUUAUACACGCACAAUGAUUCCGUCGGAAAGAGAAGGAUUUUUGCAAUAAGCGCUGUUACCGGCGACAUACACAUGACUAUUGAGAUCGACGGUGCGUAUGCGCAGGGCUGGGAGGGCAUCGCCUGCGGACCGUGUAACGGCACUGCAGGUCACUGCAUCGCCGAUUCCGGUGGCAAUGCCGGCGGGGACGCGAACAACAUCUGCAAGAUACGCGAGCCCGACGACGAUUUGACCCAUGCCACCGGUGUUGGGACCACAACGACUGCGAAACGCUCACGGUAGCAAACAACGCGAAGGUCUACAUUGUAUCAAACGUGGGCGGUAUGGCGUUCCAUUUGGGUCGAAAGUCUAUGAAGCCUUUUAGGUAAACAUAAAUUUGUUCUUCGAAGUACAAAAUGUACUUCGAAGUACAACAAUUGUACUUCAAAGUACAAACAUGAAAUACACUCGAAGUAUAUAUUUGUACCCCGAAGUACAAUUUGUACUUCGACGUACAUGUUUGUACUUCUACGUACAAAUUUUCUGAACAGACAUUCAAAACACUCGUCUAUUUCGGAUGGAAUUUUCGGACGAAGGGGAAUUUCGUAAAAUAGAGCAUUAUUUCAAUUGAAAACCACUAUGACAUUACCGAUAAGUAAAGGAA